GUUUGGCAAAUUGAAGAUGAAAAUCUGUAAACCACGCCAAGCUGAUGAAGACAGCAACUGUCUCCUCCUUCACGCCCAUGCAAACCCAGCCCACCUCCAGAAACAGAUAAAAGAGUGCAUCAACUGCCCUCGAGUCAGAGGGACUUCCUUCCCUUCUCCUUGCACGCAUCUUCUCACCGCCCAGCUCCAUUCAUCCUCCUCUUCCUCUUGAUCUUGACUCCACUUGGAAGAAGCAGCCAUGUCUCGGCAGUCUGUCUGCAGAAGCUUUGGGGGAGGGAGCAGAAGGGGCUACAGCUCUUGCUCCGCCAUCGGCGGUGGCUUUGGAGGAGGUGGUGGCAGAAGCAGGAGCAGCUACAGCUCGUUCUCUGUGUCCAGGGGAUAUGGAUAUGGAGGUGGUGGACGUUGUGGAGGCUUUGGCAGCAGGAGCCUCCAUAACAUGGGGAGCAGCGGAAGGAUUUCCAUGGGUGGAUGCUACGGCGGUGGAGGUUAUGGAGGCAGAAUGGGUGGCUUUGGUGGAGGCUACGGAGGGCUAGGAAGCUAUGGAGGAGGAAUGGGUGGAGGAAUGGGCGGCUUUGGUGGAGGAAUGGGUGGUGGUGGUGGUGGAAUGGGUGGCUUUGGUGGAGGAAUGGGUGGCUAUGGUGGAGGAAUGGGUGGUGGAGGAAUGGGUGGCUAUGGUGGCCCAAGCUUUGGCUUUGGUGGCCCUGGUAGAGGUGGCCCUGGCAUUCAGCCCGUGCAGGUCGACCCAACCCUGCUACAGCCAGUCCAUGUUGAGAUCGACCCCCAGAUCCAGCAAGUGAAAAACCAGGAGAAGGAGCAGAUCAAGACUCUUAACAAUCAGUUUGCCUCCUUCAUUGACAAGGUGCGCUUCCUGGAGCAGCAGAACAAGGUUCUGUCCACCAAGUGGGAGCUCCUGCAGCAACAAGGGCCCUCAGGACCCAGAAAGAACCUGGAUGUCAUCUUUGAGAACUACAUCCAGAACCUGAGACGGCAGCUGGACUCCAUUCUGGCACAGAGAGGACAGCUGGAAUCUGAGCUGCAGAACAUGCAGCAAUACGUUGAGGAUUACAAAAACAAGUAUGAGGAAGAGAUCAACAGGCGCACAACAGCUGAGAACGAGUUUGUGGUGCUCAAGAAGGAUGUGGACACUGCCUACAUGGCCAAGGUGGAGUUGGAAGCCAAGGUGGGAGCUCUGACAGAUCAAAUUAACUUCCUGAGGGCCAUCUAUGAGGAGGAACUGGCUCAGAUGCAGACAAUCAGCCGGGACUUGUCUGUGGUGGUGUCUAUGGACAACAACCGGCACCUGGACAUGGACAGCAUCAUCGAGGAGGUCAGACGUCAGUAUGAGCAGAUUGCCCAGAGCAGCAGAGCUGAAGCUGAGGCUUGGUACCAGAGCCAGUAUGAACAACUGCAGAGCACGGCUGGGAUGCACGGGGACAGCCUGCGCAACACCAAGAUUGAGAUCCAGGAGCUGACCAGGAAUAUCCAGCGGCUGCGUGCUGAGAUUGAGAGCGUGAAGAAGCAGAACCAGCAGGUGCAGGCAGCUAUUGCUGAGGCUGAGGAGAGAGGUGAAAUGGCUCUGAAGGAUGCCAGGGUCAAACUGGAAGAGCUGGAAAGUGCUCUGAGCAAGGACAAGGAGGAGCUGGCUCGCCUGCUGAAGGAGUACCAGGAGCUGCUGAACAUCAAGAUUGCCCUGGAUGUGGAGAUUGCCAUGUACAGGAAGCUGCUGGAGGGAGAGGAGAACAGGUUGUGCAACGAUGGAAUGUCCAACGUCAAUGUCUCUGUGGUAGGCAGGACCACCAUCUCUGGAGGCAGAGGAGGCAUGGGAGGAGGAUUUGGAGGCAGCAGCAUGGGAGGAGGAUUUGGAGGCAGCAGCAUGGGAGGAGGAUUUGGAGGCAGCGGAAUGGGAGGAGGAUUCGGAGGCAGUGGAAUGGGAGGAGGAAUGGGAUCCGGAGGUGGAUUUGGAGGAAUAGGUAGCAUUGGUGGAGGAAUGGGUGGUGGAGGAAUGGGUGGUGGAGGAAUGGGUGGCUAUGGUGGAGGAAUGGGAGGAGGAAUGGGAGGAGGAAUGGGAGGCUUUGGUGGCCCUGGCUUCCCUGGAGGCAUCCAACCAGUGCAUGUUGACUCGAGUCUCCUGCGACCGGUCCACGUUGAGAUCGAUCCUCAGAUCCAGCAAGUGAAAAACCAAGAGAAGGAGCAGAUCAAGACUCUUAACAACCAGUUUGCCUCCUUCAUUGACAAGGUGCGCUUCCUGGAGCAGCAGAACAAGGUUCUGUCCACCAAGUGGGAGUUGCUGCAGCAACAAGGGCCCGCAGGACCCAGGAAGAACCUGGAUGUCAUCUUUGAGAACUACAUCCAGAACCUGAGGAGGAGGUUGGAGUCUCUGAUGGGACAGAGGGGAGAGCUGGAAUCUGAACUGCAGAACAUGCGCCAGUAUGUGGAAGAUUACAAAACCAAGUAUGAGGAAGAGAUCAACAGGCGCACUGCUGCUGAGAAUGAGUUUGUGGUGCUGAAGAAGGAUGUUGACACUGCCUACAUGGCCAAGGUGGAUUUGGAAGCCAAGGUGGGAGCUCUGACUGAUGAAAUUACCUUCCUGAGGGCCAUCUUUGAGGAGGAACUGGCUCAGAUGCAGACAAUCAGCCGGGACUUGUCUGUGGUGGUGUCUAUGGACAACAACCGACACCUGGACAUGGACAGCAUCAUCGAGGAGGUCAGACGUCAGUAUGAGCAGAUUGCCCAGAACAGCCGUGCUGAAGCUGAGGCUUGGUACCAGAGCAGGUAUGAGGAGCUGCAGAGCACUGCUGGAAGGCACGGGGACAGCCUGCGCAACACCAAGAUUGAGAUCCAGGAACUGACCAGGAAUGUCCAGCGACUGCGUGCUGAGAUUGAGAGUGUGAAGAAGCAGAACCAGCAGCUGCAGGCAGCUAUUGCUGAGGCUGAGGAGAGAGGUGAGAUGGCCCUGAAAGAUGCUAGGAGGAAACUGGAGGAGCUGGAAUGUGCCCUGAGCAAGGACAAGGAGGAGCUGGCUCGCCUGCUGAAGGAGUACCAGGAGCUGCUGAACAUCAAGAUUGCCCUGGAUGUGGAAAUUGCCAUGUACAGGAAGUUGCUGGAGGGAGAGGAGAACAGGCUCUGUGGAGACAACCCAUCCAAUGUCAAUGUGUCUGUGGUCGGCAGAACCACCAUUGCUGGAGGCAGAGCUGGAGGCUUUGGUGCCGGCAAUGGCAUGGGAGGAGGAGUCUGCACAGUUGGAGGAGGAAGCAUCAUCGGGGGCAGCUGUGGAGUGGGAGGAGGAGUGUACAAUGGGGGCUUCUCCUCCGGGAGUGGGAGGAUGUGUGGCUCUGGAGGUGGCACCUUCAUUCCCACAGGAGCAUCCUCGGUCCGGAGAUGUGUCACCACCACAACGGUGAAAUCUUCGGGCAUGAAGUACUGAGCCCCAACCUCAGUACAGCCAAGGAAAGAAGCAUCGCCCGCCUCCAGCCUGCGGCACAUCCCCUCACUCCCAGACCCAGAAUCCUGCAAAGAAACAAAGCAUCUCGUCUCCUCCCCGGAGGCAAACAGCAGCAGAACACCACCCUCUUGGCACAGCUGUUCCUCUCCCUGCUCCACCAGUCUCCAGGGAUGAAACAUUUAUGGCCCCAAUAGGAAAUAUCUCCCUCGGGGUUACCCGUCACCAGAGAGUUCAUCCAAGAGCCCUCCCUCCCUCGUGCCAGGCUGGCUGAGCAGAAGCGUGAGCGGAUCUGCUCUUUCCUUUCCCUUCUGAGGUCUCUUUUUCAAUGGCCAUGUUCUCCUUUGCGCAUCCCGUGUGUCCUGCAUGUUGCCCACAUGCUUGUUUCAGCUGUAUGCAUGGAAGCAGAAGAAAUGUGGCAAUGCCCCAUAGUCAGGCUUAGGAGUGAGAAGCAGCUUUCCAGAGGAUUCAGCAUUUUUCAUGUUUUAUAGGUUUAUGUUGCUCUUCUCCUUCACAGCUGACAUGUGCAUGGCCCUGUUGCAAUCCUUCUGCUACUGGAAUGUUACUGCCUUGCUGCUUUCUACCAACACCCCUCCCCCUGAGUUCUUUCAUUACCAAUAAACUGCA